ACAUUUUAAAAUUUCAGAUAUAAUCAGAAACCAUGAAACUCCUCCUGACUGUUGUGGCCCUCGUGGCCGUCGCCCACGGGGCUCCCACCACCCAGACCAUGGAGAUCGGCGCCAGUGGCGUGUCUGGCAGCCUCCUCAACAUCCCCCUCGUCGAGAUCAUCGUCAACAUGAUCAGCAACGAAGCCGCCGUAGUCCCCGAGACUGUCAACGAGCCUGUAAUUGAAGCCGAGCCCGUCAUAGUCGUGGAUGACGCUCAACUUCCCACGCCUGUGAUCGUCGUAGACCAGCCCGAGGUUAACCCCAUUGACGUUAUCGCUGUCAACCCCAUGCCUGAGCCUGUUGUGCUUCCUGCACCCGCCCCCGCAGAGGUAGUGCCUGAGGUAGUUGUGCCUGAGCCUGUCGUACUCCCCGAGCCUACCCCCGCUGAGGUAGUGCCUGAGCCUGUUGUACUCCCCGAGCCUACCCCCGCUGAGGUAGUGCCGAAUCCAACCCCCGUGGAAGUCGCGCCUACGCCCGCCGAGGUCGCCGAGGUCCCAGCCCCUGAAGCCGAGGCCGCUGAAGGCAGCAGCCAGAUCAUCAACGUGAUGCUGAACUUGAUCUUUGGCGCGAACGGCUCCCUAUCCUCGGUCGAGGUGCCUGCUAACAUCAUCCCCCAGGUGGUUACCGCUCCCCGUGUCUAAACUUUAAACUGAAAUAAGUUUAUAUGGCAUUUAUGAAUGAAAAUAAUUAAU